UGUUUGAUUUUUACGAAAACGUGAGAUGUGAGAGGUUAUGAUAAUAAAAAAAUAUAUUGUGUGAUAAUUUUACAAUAAACUGCAGACGUAAUUAGUUAUACGGCAAAAUGGAAACCGAAAAUAUCAGUGUCGAUGAGUUUUUGCCUGCAAAAAACCCUAUCAAAUUGAAAAAUGUGAAGAGACGAGCAGUGUCAGAAUCCGGGGAAGGAAUGGAAGUGGAAGAACACAAUGGAAUCCAAGGGAAACCAAAAUCCUCGAGGCCUAGAGCGAAGAAGUCCAAGAAAAAUGCCGAACCCAAUGAAACCAAAGUCAAUAUGAGAAAAGUUGCAGUACCAGCACACAGAUACACACCUCUCAGAGAGAAUUGGCUCAAAAUAUUUACCCCUAUUGUGGAACAUUUGCUGCUGCAAGUCCGUUUCAACACAAAAACUAGAAAUGUUGAGAUCCGGAUGGGCCCAGAAACAAAGGACAUAGCCAACUUGCAGAAGGCAGCAGAUUUUGUUAAAGCAUUCAUCUAUGGGUUUGAUGUUGAAGAUGCACUGGCCCUGCUCCGGCUGGAUGAUCUGUUUGUUGAGUCAUUCGAGAUUAAAGACGUGAAGACACUUCAAGGAGAUCACUUGGGCAGAGCAAUAGGCAGAUUAGCCGGCAAAGCGGGUCGAACAAAAUUCACCAUAGAGAAUGUGACGAAAACCAGAAUAGUGUUGGCAGACUCAAAAAUACAUAUUUUAGGCAGUUAUCAGAACAUAGCAUUGGCCAGAAGAGCAAUAUGCAAUCUCAUCAUGGGAUCUCCACCAUCCAAAGUUUAUGGAAACCUGAGAAAUGUUGCGAAUAGGGUAGCAGAGAGAUUUUAGCCAAUAAAUAUUUAUAUUACACAA